GCACAUUGCCACUAGUUUUACAUAAGCUUCUCUUUCUCCAACCUCUAUAAAAAGGACCAAAACCAUUACACCAUUAUGCCAUCACAAACAACACUUUCAUUUCAAUUUUCAUUUUGAUCAUUUUCACUCCUUUUCCACAAGUUUCAUCAUGACUACAAUUUCAUUCAACCACCAACCAAACAACAUUCAUCACCAAAAGGGAUUCAUCAUCAUUGAAGAAAUUGAAGGACUUAUAAAAGUUCACAAAGAUGGACAUGUAGAAAGACCACAAAUUGUUCCCAAUGUCUCAUGCAAACUUCAAUCAGAAAAUGGUGUAACUUCAAGAGACAUUACUAUCAACAAAGAAACAAAUUUAUGGGCACGUGUCUAUCUCCCAACAUCAACAUUAACCUCUCAUAAUAACCUUAACAAGCUUCCUUUGCUUGUUUAUUUCCAUGGUGGUGGAUUUUGUGUUGGUUCAGUUUCAUGGAUUUGUUACCAUGAAUUCUUAAACAACCUUUCUUUGAAAGCAAAUUGUGUCGUUGUCUCGUUUAAUUACCGUUUAGCACCCGAAAAUCGUCUUCCUUCUGCUUACGACGAUGCUUUCAAUGCUCUCAUGUGGAUCAAACAUGAAGCUUUAUAUAAUAAAAACCAAAGUUGGUGGUUGAAGCAUUGCAACAUUUCUUCUCUUUUUCUAUGUGGUGAUAGCGCCGGAGCUAAUAUAGCUUACAAUAUUGUCGCUACGCGCUUAGGAUCAAAUUCAAACGCUUCAUCGUGUUUGAAUUUGAAUCCGUUAUCUUUAAAAGGUGUUAUAUUGAUUCAACCUUUUUUUGGAGGAGAAGAAAGAACAAAUUCCGAAAAACUUUUUCGUCAACAACAAAAUUCCGCGCUAAGUUUAUCGGUGUCCGAUACUUAUUGGCGAUUAUCUCUUCCCAUUGGAGUUUCCGUUACGCGCAAUCAUCCUUAUUGUAAUCCUCUUGCAAAUGGAAUUGCUAAGCUAAGAGAUUUGAGGGUUCCUUCUAUUAUGAUGUGUGUUUCGGAAUUGGAUAUACUUAGAGAUAGAAACUUGGAGUUUUCAAAUUGUUUGGUUAAAGCAGGUAAAAAAGUUGAAACUUAUGUGUAUAAAGGUGUUGGACAUGCGUUUCAAGUGUUGCAUAACUAUCAACUUUCUCAUGCUAGAACACAAGAAAUGGUGUCUCAUAUCAAGAACUUCUUGAAUCAAUAAAUCAUGUGUGUAUUGCUAAUAUGAUAUGUUUUUCUUAAGGGCUUUGCUUAUAUGAUAUGUUGUUCACUAUUUAGAAUAUCCUCUCUACAUAUAGUUUUAUUUUAUAUAUAGUUAUGGAGUACAUGAUUGAUGUACUUGACUAAUUGUUAUAUAUGAUAGUUUUAAUAUGUGGUCACAAGAUUUGGACACAACAUAUAGUCAAUUAUAAGUAGUUUUAAUCUACUCAAAAAAGUGAAAAGGUAGAAGAAUAAUAAAUUAAAUAUUGUGUUUUUUUA